AUGGCUGUUCACCUACCAUGUCUCCCCGUCCUCCUCUUCGUCUUCCUCGCCGUCCAUGUCCCUGUUACCCAUGCCGACCCUCCUCUUCUGAGCACUUACGACGUCUCCAUGUGCUCGGAAUCGUUCUCGUGCGGCGUCGUCGAAAUCCACUACCCGUUCUACCUUGCCAACGCAACCGAAGCAACCGCCGAUUACAGCGGGAACUUCUCUUGCGGCUACACCGACUUGAGCAUUUCCUGCAAACUCGAGGGGCAGACCUGGAUCCCUACCAUCCGUCUCGACGGCGACGACUACACCGUCGAUACCAUAUCCUACCACUACGACCAUCAGACCAUCCUACUGGUGGACAGCGAUGUGCUCGGAGGCGCAGGCGGCGACUGCCCUGCUGUCCGCCAUGAAGUCAGCUUCAACGGGACAUGGCUGCAUAGCAGCAGCUACAACGACAACCUCACCUUCCUCUUCGGCUGCGACCCACGCGGUCCCGUGCCGCCUGAAUGCGACGCAUACAAAAUCAACUGCACGCAGUUCAAGAGUCCGCCAGGUGCUGGCCCAGGAGACUCCUUCGUGGUCGUUAUGACUGAUGAGAAUGACAGGUAUCUGGAGCAAGAAUUGGCUACGAAGUGCGGCAACACCAUGGUUGUCACCGUGCCAGUGAGAGGCGAUGUUCUGAUGGCAGCAAGUUAUAACAAGAGCAACUUCACAAGCGGCGGAUACGGGGCGUGCUUAAGCGUGGGUUCGAGUUGGAAUGGAGCCGUAUCACAGGCACAGCGGAUGGGUGUCACCUGUGCGAGGCGUCGAACGGACAAUGCGCCUAUAGCCAGAACAGGGAAUUCCUGGGCUGCUUGUGCCACGGAGGGAAGGCGGGCAGCCCGGACUGCGAACACAUCGUCCCUGCGACUGCGAGCACCGCAACUGCAUCACGUAAGUCCUCCUGAACCAACCCUUUUGUUUUUGCAAUCACCAGAGCACGCACCGGUUGCGUCAGUAGCUUGGAACCUCGUAGCUAUCCUCGCAACGUCCCGUGUGAGCGCGUCCCGCUGCUCCUUGCCUCGUGCUAACGGUGAACGCUUGACCUGA